AUGGUGGAUUACAAACCAAUAGAUACGCCUAGGCAGGUUAAUCACAAGUUGAAGAUAGUAGAAAGUGCCACCCUACCAGAUAAAGAAAGAAAUGUUGCUCCAACAUCUUUGCCAUUUUCAACUCAAUUCAGUGCAUCGAGACAUAGUUCAUUUGGUGUUGGUGGCUCUUUUAAUCCAUCCCCUCAGACUCCGAUACAAUGUAGUCCAAAUUCACAAUAUUCAGAUUUUGCCAACCCUCGUGGAUUAGAUGCUAUCGACCUAAAUGAAGAUGACUUUGAAAAUCGUAGGCAAGAUAGUAUUCAACAUUGGCAAUGGGAAGAGGAUGAGAUAUUGAUCAGUGCAUGGUUAAAUAUUUCAACUGACCCUAUAGUUGGUACCAACCAAAAGGGCGAAACAUUUUGGAGUCGAAUUCACAUUUAUUAUGUGGAAUUCAACUCCGACAUAAAAAGGGAGAAAUUCACUUUCGAAAGGCAUUGGAAUAUACUUCGUUUGGAGCAAAAAUGGAGAAGCCAACUACCUACACAGAGUGGAGGCUCAAAGAGAACCAAAGUUGGUGCAACUGGAGCAUAUUCAUCAUCAUCAUCAAAUCUAGAAGCACCGUUGUGUGAUGAAACCAGUGUGGACUCUCCCGUUCGCCCACAAGGAUCAAAGAAGAGCAAAAGAAAGGGUAAGGAAAAAACACAAAUGUCUGAAGAUCUUAGCAAGAAGAAAUCAUCGGUUGCUAAGAAACUAUCUCUCUUGGAAGAUAUUAAAAAUGUUAGAGAAAAGGAACUAAUGGAUAGGAAAAAAGAAAGAGAAGAGGAGAAGGAACAUAGAAAAAAGAAGAUGUCAAUCAAAGAAAAGGAGUUACAGAUUCAAGCUGGAAUGAAAGUACAAGAAUUACAAACUCAAAGGUAUAUUAAAGAAAUGGAGAUAAAUGUAAAGGAAAGGGAAAUGGAAAGGAUGGCUAAGAAAAGGGAAAGAGAAAUUGAUAUGCAAAUACUUAAUGCGGACACAUCUACAAUGAGUGAAAAACGACGAGCUCUUCAUGAGAUUGCAUGUGAGAAAAUAAUCAAUAAGUGA